AAUAAGCUAAAGCUGCUCAACCACUAUGUUUUUCUCCUUUAAGUCCUUUCUCAGUAUUGACAUUGAUAAAUAAUUCAUCUAUAGUGAGACGCUCUGCUCGGCUUUUGCGCAGGUUCGGCCUAUUUUUUUUAUUUUCUUUCUCCUUUUUUGUUUUGUUUCUGAACGUCUACAUAAAGGAAAUAAAAAAGCAGAAGUAGCAGUUGGGGGGCAGGCUGUUUGUCAGGCUAACCGUAGACUGUUUGGUGUGAACAAAGGCGUCAGCUGCUGACUCCGGAUUAUCGUGAAAAGAUUCAUAAAAGCAGAAUGGCGCAACACGACCCCUCUCAUGUAGCCAGCUCUCAGAAAGCUCUGAUGUUGGAAAUGAAGAGCCUUCAGGAGGAGCCUGUUGAGGGAUUUAAGAUAACUCUGGUGGACGAGGCUGAUCUGUACAACUGGGAAGUGGCCAUCUUCGGACCACCAAACACUCACUAUGAGGGGGGAUACUUCAAGGCUCGGAUCAAGUUUCCUACCGACUACCCAUACUCCCCACCGGCUUUCCGUUUCCUCACCAAAAUGUGGCAUCCUAACAUUUAUGAGAAUGGCGACGUGUGCAUUUCUAUACUGCAUCCUCCAGUGGACGACCCACAGAGCGGAGAACUUCCAUCAGAGAGAUGGAAUCCUACACAGAAUGUCCGAACCAUUUUACUGAGUGUAAUCUCUCUGCUGAAUGAGCCCAACACCUUUUCUCCUGCCAAUGUGGAUGCCUCUGUCAUGUAUCGCAAAUGGAGGGACAGCAAAGGCAAGGACCGGGAGUAUGUAGAGAUCAUAAGGAAGCAAGUGAUGGCCACCAAAGCAGAAGCUGAGCGCGACGGAGUCAAGGUGCCCACCACUCUGGCUGAGUACUGCGUCCGCACGCGUGCCCCAGCCCCGGAUGAGGGCUCGGACCUCUUCUACGACUACUACUACGAUGACGACGACGUGGAGGGAGAGGACGGCGACUGCUGCUACGACGAGGACGACUCUGGCAACGAGGAGUCAUGAUGUGCUUUGUGGCAAAAGCGCCUAAUCUCUCCGUCAGAUGCUCCUCCUUUCUCUCUGCCCGGGUUGCCCGUUACUCCAGGUUUACAACCAAGAUUGGAAGCUUCCUUCUUCUAAAUCAAUAAGAGCUUUUUUUCCUCGAGCCUUAGAGGUUUAAAGUUGAUGCCUCGCCCUGAGGGGGUCAGACUUGGUUCAAAUUUGCACCAGCAACAAAUGUCACCAGUUCCUCUCUGUUUUUCAGUCAUCACCUCAACCUUACUUUGAGAGAGCAUUACCUAAAUGCACACAUAUUCCAGUGUCAUUAGACCAUGCGUUUAGAAUACAGUGUUGAUUAUUGGGUAAGUACCCCUGCUAACGAGGACAUUUUCUCUGGUGUAAACUUUUCGAAACAUGACUCAGCCUCUUUCUCCUCUUCUCAUAUUUGUACUUCGCUAAUUGUAAGUGGCUGCUGCUCUCUGAUGGAAAAUGGUGACUUAAUGCAGCCUGUUUGUGUUGGAUAAAGCCCUGCAUUUUUUUGUUUUUUUUUGUUUUUUAGUUUUGCAGCGUCUCUUCUGGAUAGGACAAGGCACGAAUGAAUUGUUACGUGACAGUGUUUUCAAAGUUCUUAUGCAUGCCAGAGCAUAUUUGAAAGCGUUUCAUCUCUCUCUUCCUUACCGGUGGACUGUUUCCCCUCCUUCCACGACAACACAAAGACUUUGACGUGACGAUGGAGGAGCGAGGAGCUGGCAAAGUCAGAGGGCUCAGUUCCUCACAUGAACAUUUUUACUAACAUGAAAACUGAUGUUUGCUGGCUUUUUUUCUUCUGGUUACUGUCAGAGGUGAUUCUUCUGGGUUGUUUAGAGUAGAUGGAUUUUUCAGUCUUUGAGGGGAAUUGGGGACAGAAGUAACUGUUGAUCAGAAUUGUAUUUCCCUUUAGGCUCGAUCUCUGCGAUGCCUGAUGGACCCAAAGACCCAAAGCAUUGUUUAGAAGUUUUGACUAGUGUUUGGCGUGCUCUUUGUCUUAGUUUGCCUGUUUGCUCUCUUGCAAGCUUCAUCAUUAUUUGGUUUUCAUUUUGUUAGACAUUUUGCCUGAACUGUUUACUAAA